AUGUUGUCAGAAAAUGACUUUGAAAUGGUACGAGCUGCUAUUAAGGUGAAGGCUUCUAUUAUAAUUUGCUUCACUUCAUCUGGAAGGGCUGUAAGACCCGAGAAUGAUUUCUUUGAGCUGGUUUGGGAAAAUGGCCAGAUUUCAAUGCAGGGCCUGUCCAAUAGAGCUAGAAAGAACCCAACCUGUAAGAGUUUUCCAUCUCACAAUCCCAGGGGUCAAGAAAAAGAUGUAGGACAUGCUAAUGGUAACAAUACAAGGAUGAUGGGUAAGUUUGGGGAUUUAGAUACUAGAUUGAAUGAUAUUAGAAUGUCGGUCCCUUCAGGUGAAGUGGGUUUAAGUCAAGAUGAAGAUGUGAUACCUUGGUUGAAUUAUGGAAUGGAUGAUUCUUUGCAACAUGAAUAUAGUUCCCACUUCUUAGAUGAACUAUCUGGGGUCACCAUAAAUGAUCUUCAUGCCUUAAAUAACUUUUCUAUGCAUGAUAGAAGAAGUAGUUGUGAUCAGAUAUUUAGGGACUUUCAAAGAAACUCUUCACAUCAUGAUUUAAGUUCAGGACAAGGGAUCCUUUCCAAGGACUCUUUAGCUGCAGCUGGAGAAGUUGAGACCAAACGGCCACCAUUAGCACAUCAAUGUCAAACAUCAUUGGCUUCUGUUAGAUCAGAUACAAGUGAAAAUAAAACAACCCAACAUGCUCCUUGUGGGGAAAUCACUCAGAUUCCAUCUUCCUCAAGUGGUAUUUCAAGCUUAAAGAUGGAGAAGCAAGGUCCAAUUAUGUCUAGCAAUAGUUCCACCAUAAUGAAUUUCUCCCAUUUUGCAAGACCCGCUUCUGUUGUUAAAGCGAAUCUUCAGAACAUUGGCUUGACGUCUGUGCAAAAAGUUGGAAAAAAG